AGGCGCGCUCCUCAACACACGCAACCCGGGGUCCGAGGCCGGAGGUCGCAGUUUCGUUAGCAACAUGGCGGCGUCCACAAGCGCGCAGGUGAUUUCUCUGUACAGGAUGCUGCUGAGGGAGAGCAAGAAGUUCCCCGCGUACAACUACAGGACCUAUGCGCUGAGGCGGGUGCGCGAUGCAUUCAGGGCCAAUAGGAAUGUGAACGACCCCAAAGCUGUAGAGAGACUGAUGGAGGAGGGAGAGCAGACACUGGCACUGCUGCAGAGACAGGUGUCGAUCGGCAAAAUGUACGAGACCCAGAAGACGAUCCUGGAGGAGAAAACGCCGCGCUGACCAAUCACAGGCCAGGAGGAGGAGCAGGGGGCGGGGACUGUUCCCAGCACACACCAGGAAGUCACCUCACAGACCCCACCCCACCGCCUGCCGCCCGCCAGCCAAUCGCCAGCCUGCUUCCUCUUCCCACCUGGAGGCGUGAAAUGCAUUGUGGGAGAUGUAGGACAGAGCAGAUCUGUGAAUCGCCUACAGGUUGUUUGUCAGAUGUAGUCUUUGUUGUUGUUGUUGUUGUUUUGUUUUCUCUAUAAAAGAUGCACCAGUUAAGUGUUAUUUUAUUGUUAUUAUGAUGAUUAUUUUGUCAGGAUGAGGAUGUUUGAUGCUGCUGGAGUCCAGAUGACAGAAUUUCAGGCCGAGCGAUGCGUCCGCUCGCCGUCUGACGCUUUAAACCUUCGAAUCACGCACAAAAUAAAAAAUAUCUCAGACAGCCAUCACGUCCCGAAAACAGAGCGUGUGUGUGUGUGUGUGUGUGUGUGUGUGUGUGUGUGAGCUGAAAAUGAAAACGAAACAAAACGACCAAGCCUGUUUUUUUUUUUUCUUUUCUUCUUUGAAAUGAUCCAUCAGCUGAUUGCGAUCGCCGGCUGAUCGAUCGGUGCCAAUUCGACGGUGCAUUCCAAAUUUAUCAUUAUUAUUUUUAUUUUCUAUUUUUGUUUUGUUUCGUGGCACACACAGAAACUUGCCUGCCCUACGUGAGAUUAUUAUUGAGACUCUAUUCUAUCAUAAACUUAAAAAAACACAAUUCCCAAACGUCUUCACAGUAAAAACUCGCCAUGAUAAUAAUAAUAAUAAUCUAUGAUAUAAAGUAAAUUAGAACCAGAAUAUAAAGUUUAACACUCGCCUGUGCUUCUAAAGGACACAAAAUCUGAACUGAGACAUUUAGGAAAACCCUAUUGGCUCAUCAUCAAAUGAUUCUAUCAGAUUAUCUUUUUUUUUGGUUUUUUUUUGUUUUUCCCAGUUCACUUUGAAGGUCUCAGUGGCUCACAGGCGAAAAGCAGAGUCUCUGUUUUGAGGUUGUGAUCUUCCCUCGUGUCGUUAAGAUGAGACUCGGUGAACUGAGGUGACUAAGAUUCAUUUUAUUGAUCGCCCACCCCACCCCCCCCGAGGGAAACUGGGUCAUUUAAUUUACAGCAGCAGAAAUGUGGGGGGAAAGUGGAAAGUUUAUCACAAAAUGUGGCUGCAAAAGAGUUUCCACCAAGUGAAGUUCACACCAACACAGAAACUGACAGUUUACAGGUUUUCAGAUUCACGUGUCGUCGUUUACUCGAGUCCUCUGUAAAAAAAAAACAAAAAAAGUUUGUCCAGGAUGUUCGUCUCGGAGCCUCAGUCCAAAUGUUUUGUGUCCUUUACAGAACCGAAACUCCUCAGACACGCCGGCUGCAUCGCCACGGCAACCACGAGCCACUGAUACGCAAAACACAAUCCAAUAUGAUGCAGCGACUCUGAAUUAAAGUCACAUUCGCUGCUCAGAAUCUCAAACAGAGCUGCAACAAACUUUGAUUUCCACUGUCGCUUCUAAAAAAAAAAAAUCUAUUAUUUUCUUGAUUGGUUCUUCGAUUGGUGGUUCGGUCCAUAAAAUGUCAGAAAACGGUGAAAAGUGUUGAUCAUAAUCCAAGGCCACGUCCUUUAAUGUCUUUGGUUUUGUCCCAAUCAACUAAACAGAGAACAAAAAAAAAACAGAAAAAUUUCACAUUGGAGAA